AUGGCCACCUACGGAAAAGUAAGUCCGUUUGAUGAAGCAGAAGAAACGUGGACCCAAUACACCGAACGACUGGAACAAUAUUUCCUAGCAAAUGAAGUGACAGACGCCAAAAAGCAGCGGGCAAUAUUUCUCAGCGUGUGUGGCUCGAAAACAUACGCAUUAAUUCGAGAUUUACUACAGCCAAAGAAACCGGGUGAUACGGAGAUAAAAGAAAUUUUCAAAGAGCUGGAAAAGCAUUUUAUUCCAACACCAAGCGUCAUUGUAGAGAGAUUUAAAUUCCAUAGCAGAAUUCGCCGUGUUGACGAAGGAAUUGCUAAGUAUGUGGCUGAAUUACGUCGAAUGACCGAGCGCAUUGCAAAUUUGGCACUUCCUUGGAUGAUAUGAUACGGGAUCGAUUAGUAUGUGGUAUCAACAACGAAAAGAUUCAAAGACGACUCUUGCAGACACCUGCGUACUCAGUUGGAUCUGAUACAGCCAAACCUUGGAGAUCGGGUGAGGGAAAAACAAUCACAGCAAAAGGCAGUACAUGACUAUCAUGCUAGAGAACGGAUUAUCAAAACCGGGAACCUAGUAUAUGCGAAAGAUUUCAGGAAACCGAAAAGUUGGAUGCCCGGGACGGUAGUGAAGAAGACAGGACCAGUGUCGGCAGAAAUACAGCUUGAUGAUGGUCUAAUUAUCCGGCGUCACCAAGAUCAUCUCCGCAUUCGCACUGAUGUUCCUCAAACAACUAUAGCGAGUGGAUUGGAAGACAUUCAACUACCAACCAGGGAGGUGAAUCCUGCAGAACCAUGGGAAGAACCCGAACUGGAAGCGAGAGCAGAACAAAGAAGACAACCCCAUAGAGACCGUCGUCUUCCUCAACAUUUGCAGGACUAUGAACUAGCAAACAGCUAA